ACCUGACGCCCACCCGCUCCCGCCCCGGGUUGAAGACAUAAAUGCUGUCUGCGCCGAGAAGUUGCCCGCUGCCAAGUUUGCUGUUCCUGCUGCUGCCGCGAGCCAAGGAAGCCCGGGCACUCUCCGGGACUUUUGCUCACCGCCUUCCAGUCUCCUGCAGAGUUCUUCCCGGCUGGGCCUGUAGUUGCGAAGCUUUUUUUCCGUCUUUUCACAACCACAAAAACCGCUAGCUGCUGAGGCUCCAAAGAGAUCAAGAUGUGGACGGCGCCAAUGUUGUUUUGGGUUUUGGGGAGCGCGUGGUGCUGGCACUUUGCGCAGGGAGCACCCGUAGGUGGACUAGAAGAUGAUAUUGUGACUCCAGGUCCAGGAGGUGGCAUGGUGAGACCAGGUCUGGAAGACAGAAUAGCAACCACGGGUACUACUGGAGGACUGAAUGAAUCUACUGGCAAGGUACCAGCACACACAGACAUUCCCUUUGAGGACCAGCCAACCCCAGAAAUCCCAGACCACGAUCACGAAGAACAUAAGAGUACAACCACUGUCAAAAUGGUGACGAGCCAUUCUGUGGAUCAGUCAACAAGUCACCCCAAAAAAGAUAGCACAGCUGACGAAACAGAGACAACAGAUAAGAGAGAUGGCUUAGCAGUAGUGACCCUGGUUGGAAUCAUAGUUGGCGUCCUGUUAGCCAUCGGCUUCGUUGGAGGGAUCAUCAUUGUGGUUAUGAGGAAAGUUUCUGGAAGGUUCUCGCCCUAAAGAGCUGAACAGAUCAGGUUGUUCUCCCAACAUAUCUGAAAAUAAGGGUGCUUCCAGCUCCCCAUCUUCUGCUUGUGGAGGAAGAUGACCCAUGGAAUGCCCACCCCACUCACAGCCAUGGUGACUCCUCCGCUUGCCGAAGUACCAAAAGGAAAGAUACAUGACAAGCCACGGCCCCUCGAAGCAUAUGCCUUUGGAAAGCAAACAUUCUUAAUAUAAAUUUUAUAAUAAAUGAUUCAAAAUACAACAUGCGUGGAAAAUGAAGCGAAGCUACGUAAACUGACUUGUUAACCAAGACAGCAUCACCAGUUGACGUUAGCAACUGUAACCAUGGCUUCAUCCUGGCCAUUCCCUGCUACUGCUGGGAUGCAAAGGAAUCUGGAAAUGUUUAUUGAAUCUGCAGAGCCAUUGGCUCAGUGUUACUUACGUCAAAGAGGCACGGGCCUGCUGAUAUGUACACAUUCCAGCCUGGAUUGGGGGGGGGGGUGUUUAAAUAUGUUUGAGUCAUCGAGCUGCAAGUGUAAAUUUAUAAUCAGGCAUGGUGAGCAGCCCCUUAAGGGAGCCUGGUGGACCGUUUCAGAAGCAUCCAUUGUGGCUUCAGGUCCAGGAGGGUACUUGGCUGGUUACAGUUCUCUAAACCAUCUCUAAGCCAUGGUGACUUGAGGAGUCAUGUCCUCACUUCCCUACACUCAAACCUUUGGAUGAUUUGAUUCUUUCCAUACAGUGAAGGCCUAUUCCAGAUGUUGAGAAAGCUUUUGGAUGUCACAGGAUGCCAGAGGCUCAGCAGCUGUAGAACCAAGCAGGGAACUUGGUCCUUAAGCACAAGAGACUCCUGUGUGUGUUUGGUAUAGAAGAUAAACUGACCAGUUUCUAACAUCUGCCUUCUGUUUCUGAAGAAAGACAGGGAAAGCAAAAAGAAUAGUUGCUCUUAUGUGGAUGGGUGUAAAGGUCUGAGUUUAAAAUAAAAGAUACUUCUAGUCUUCGUGACAUACCACAUCUUUCUGUGGGUUCAAUCAAGAAGAUCAAAACGAUGAGACCACAGGGGUGUCCUGCCUCUACCACCCAGCUCGGUACUUCUCCUCUUUCUUCUGCACAGUAUUUAACACUGGCCUGGCCAGAUGCUCUGUUAAGACUGUGAUUAUAUAAUCCUUACAUCCUCUAGCCUAGGAAGAGUUCACAAGAUGCAGAGAAAAGUAACCCAAUGUGCCUGUGUGUUGACCCAACCCAGCUGACCCAGCAGGCUGCCUAUUCGCACAUCAGCGGGGCCGGGCUGGUUAGAAGAGCCUUGUGAGUCAAAUCGUAGUGUGAGUGGUCCUCCUUCUCAUCCGUCAGAUUCCAAACUGGAGCUAGGAACAGUGCCCUUUUCUUCUUUCUGUCCUCUCCCUUCCCACUUCCACCUCCACCCCACCACCUUCACCCUGAAAAAUAGCAGCCCAACUCAAACUAUACCCCAGAGUCAGUGCCUGCUGGGACAGGGCUGUGGUGUCUUGGUCACCUGUGUUGGUACUCAAUACAGUGUCGACAUCUUUUCAAAUAAAACAUGAUUGUGUACAAACAUGAGUCCAACCUCUGACUGAACACUUCCGCCGAGAAUGGAUGUUAUUUCUGCUAAUGUUAUACAACAUUUACUCGUUUUUGGUUUGGUUUGGAUUUUCAAGACAGGGUUUCUCUGUGUAGCCCUGCCUGUCCUGGAACUUGCUUUAUAGACCAGACUGACUUCGAAUUGCCACAUGCCUUUUAAACCCAGCUACCUGUUGACUUAAUGGAAAGAGAGUAUCCAUGGUCACAGGAAGUUUAUUCCCAGGAGAGAAAUGUAGCCACAGCGUUCAUUAAUCUCUGCUAAAGACGAGAGGCCAAGGCCAACAGGACAAAAACUAGGUGGCCUCUUGAGUCUUUUACUCUCUGAUCUCAGGGUUAGUGAGGUCUUGCCUGGUCCUUCCUUUCUCUGCAUUGUAAAGAAAAGCCAGGUGAGGAGCAAUUUUAUCUUGCCCUUGAAACUCAAGGCCUCCCUAUGAAUCCAACUGUAGAUCCAGAGCUCAGCUGUCCAAGAACAGGGUGACAAGGGAAGGGCCCACAGAUGUGGACAGCUGUGUCUCCAUCCAGAACCCACUUCUCACUUGUUCUUUUGACCUGGAGACGGCCCCAGUCAGGGGACUGGUCCCUCUGUCAUCUGUCCCUCUGCAUCUUACCACUUUGCCACUGUUGACCUUCUACAAGCCUGUGAUCACUUAUAAAAGUUGAGGGUUAGUAGUAGUUACAUUCUGCCCCUUUCAAAAUAGGUGAAGCUUGGGGCUGGUGAGAUGGCUCCGUGUGCAAAGGCGCAUUCUA